ACAAAGCUCGACCCGUGCGUUAUGACACACUCUUCAUAAAUGUGAAUGGCGUAUGUUCAUUUCAAACUUGCGAUUAAUUUUGAAAAAUGAAUUGCGUCUUAAAGUAUGCAAUAGCGAACAACUGCAGUGCCUUCAGCGCUUUGAUAAUGCAAUGCCCAUGCCUCGGUGCAAAGAGGGGUCGUAUUAACUGAUAGCAAACCUUCACAAAUAUUGCCACACAAACAAAUAUAAAUAUAACAAGGGCACGAAGAUAAAGAAUAGUUUCGCGUAAAUUUGACUUUUGUGACCUUUGGACAUCGUAUGAGAAAAGUAAAAGUGAAUGCGAUACUGCUCUUUUACAUAACGACUGUGGACUAUUAAAGGUUAUGUAGAGAUAUGUGUAUACGGUGAGUGGCACACAUUUAGGACGAACAGUUUAUCACCAAACACGAGUAACAUAUACAUGAAACGGUGUUUAGAAAGGCAUUGGGGAACUUACAGAAAAAAUACAUGUGGAUUAAUGAUUGCUCAAUACAAAAUACUUGAAAUAGAUAUCGGGUGUUUUAAAAACCUAGCAAUGAGAAUAUUUACUAACUGCAAUUCAUAGAAAAAGUUGAGUAUUGAAUAUUGCGAGCUCAUUUUAAAAAAGCACUAACCCCCCGUUCACACAUAGACGCCGCUUCUACUACGAUCAAGGUGCGGCCAAAAACGUGGCCGAUCGUGACAAAUCGCAGGAGAAACGUAGUGGAGUCUUCAUAAGCGCAGUGUGAUCGCGGUAGAGUCUUCAUGUUCGGAGAGCUCUACGCUCUUGCCACGCUUAUUUUGAACAUGCUCAAAACAAGCGUAGCGGGAUCGUAGCUUACAAGAAUCGCUCUAAUGUCGUAAAAAGAGCGUAGUAGAAGCGCCGUAAUCAUACAGGCAGCGCGGAAGCAUCGUGGAGAUCUUCAUGAUCGAAGUAAAAGCGCAGUAAAAGCUCUGCGUAGCGUCGUAGUAUGAUCUUGAAUAUCGCGGCAAUAAACACAGUUAGCGUUUGACGUAGGGGCAUCGUAGAAGCGUCGAAAUGAAGACCAUAAUUUGCCAAAUUGCUCGAUUUAGACUCCGAUCGGCCUCGAUCCUUUUUCUCAGAUCUUGGCUUGAUCGGGGUAAUCGUCAUAAAGUCGCAGCUAUGUGUGAACGGGGGGUAAGACGUGAGUCUAAAUUGUUGUAAAAAUGUAAGAAAUCUAAAUGUAUACAUACCCGGUAAUUCCCUAUUUGAUCAUGGCAAAUCGCGAACUGACACCGAGCGAAAAUUGUGAAGACAAUAUCGAUGAACUUUUGACAAACAUGAUGCUAAUAAAAAAUGAGUUAAACGAUGAGCAAGUGAUUGACAACAAAGACCAAGCCCACGUUGAUAAAAUUGCACUACAUAAAGGAAUCUAUGAAAAUGGAAAUGCUGUUGAAACUGAAACAGAUGUCGGGGUUCCUCUACAACAGAGCGACACGUCCAUAACAGAAGCACGUAAAAGAACGCUGCACGUGCACAAGAUAUUGCACACGAUAUGUAUCUACAGCAGUAUGUUCUCUAUAGGCUGGCGCAGUGGUCUACAUGGCCCUGUGUUUCCCGAUCUUCGUCGCCUGGUAAACGAAGAUCUCGCUGUGGCCUCGUGGAUUUUCACAGGCCUCUCUUUAGGUGGUAUAUUUGGCGCCAUUUUGAGCGGGGUAAUCCACGAACAGAUUCGUCUAUUCAAGGUCUUCAUCUGCUGCGGCAUCACGGCAUGUUUAGGCGUCAUCACCGUCAUCACACCGUGGUGUCCGUACUUUGCGGGCAUACUUGCGUUACACAUUACUCAAGGGGUGUUCACGGCCAUAAUAGAUACUAUGAUGACGACGGAUAUUGCCGAAAUAUGGGGCCACCAGUCAGGGACCUAUAUGCAGGGCUACCACCUUAUGUGGAGCAUCGGUGCCACGAUAUCGCCUUUCUCGGCUGGACCGUUUUUGGCGCCAAAACUUUCAGUGCCCAGGAAUGACUCAACUUUAGGAGCGUGUAACUCUUCGAUCCUUCAUACCAAUUGGCAAAGUAAUAGCUCGAGUGCAGAUUGCGAGUAUGAAGUUAUCUACGGCGAAUCGAAAGUACAUUUCGCAUUCAUGAUCGCCGCAGUCGUCCCUUUUGUCACCACCGUCGUGUACAUCGUCGUCCUAGCAACUCAUGGCGUUAUUCACAGAAGAAUUGACACACAUUACUUGAUCAAUGGAUCAAGCAGCAAACAAACUAAGUAUGGUCUCUCAGCGCGAAUGCAAGUGGUCUUCACCUUACUAUCGGCAUUACUUCUCUCUCUCUACUUAAUGUGUGAGCGCGGCUUGGCAUACUUCCUGAUGACCUUCGUCACCACAAGUCUCAACUGGAGCACUCUAGAAGGCACGAGUAUAAACUCCGCUUUCUGGAUUACGUUUGCGGCAGGCAGAGCUUUUAGCUUAGUUUUACUCAAGAAACUAAGUUUGACAACCUUGCUGUUUCUGAAUUACGCGGCCGUGAUAGUUGGCAGCACAUUACUAAUAGUUUCCAUUGUCUUUGACCUUCGCGUAAUUCUGUGGCUGGCCGUCUGUAUAUGCGGGCUGGGAAUGUCGAGCAUUUAUGGCGGUAUAUUCGCCUGGAUAUCAUAUCACGUGACGCGUCUCACAGGCAAGGUCGCCUCGACCGUGUACGUUCCUGUUGCCCUGUGCGCUAUGCUAUAUCCGGUGCUGGUUGGGUAUUUAAUGGAACGCUUCUCACAGAUUUGGCUCAUAUAUGUUCACUGCAUCAUCGUGGUUGUCAUGAGUGUCGACUAUCUGUUCGUGGUCAUAGCGCACAAACGUCUCACGAGUGAUUCCAAAUAGUAUAAAAGGUUGGAUCAUUAUUAAUAAUCAAUAAAGGUGAUGCAUGGA